AUGGUACACCUCGUGGCUGUACCAGAGACAAUCACGGCAAGUGGCUGUGCUUGUGUCUUUAUUGACACCAUCUUCCGACUUCAUGGGUUGCCCCGUGAACUCGUAUCAGACAGAGAUCCACGAUUCACUGCUGAUUUCUGGCGUUCCGUGUUCAAAUCACUCGGAACGCGCUUGAAGAUGUCAACAUCUGAUCAUCCAGAGUCAGAUGGUCAGACGGAACGUGCCAAUCGUGUCCUUGAAGAGAUACUUCGAGGAUACGUACACUCCUUUACAAGUUGGAGUGAGUUUUUGCCAAUGGUAGAGUUUGCCAUCAACAACUCGGUGCAUGCGUCCACGACACAUACACCGUUUUACGUGAAUGGCUUGCGCCAUCCGCGUGUACCCACCUUACUAGAGUGUAACUCUGGUUUAAGGGGGGGAGGGACUCGCGCGAGCAAAAACCGAUUUGGUUCACGCUCAUCGCGCUCUGACGAAGAAGUCAUUGCGUUUGAUGCCGAUAUCGAUAACAUCAAUAUCGAAGAAGAUGAUGCCAGUGAGAGUGCGGAAGCCCUCACUGAAGAAGAUGAUCCCAGUGAGAGUGCGGAAGCCCUCACUGAAGAAAAGGUUGAUGUUGCUGCAGUGCGCUCACAGCACACUGAAGCUAACGAGUCAUCAGAUGAGUUCAUACUGGCUCGUGAAACGGUAGUCCGUUUUGUGCAAGACUCCAUCGCCGAAGCGGUGGAUAAGCAAAAGCAAAACGCUGACAAGAAUGGAAGGGCAAACACUCUUUCAUUUAAUAAAGGUGACUUAGUCCUACUGUCUACGGUUAAUCUACCAAAGCAUGUAGUGACUAACUUGGGUAGCAGUAAACUACUACCCAAGUACAUUGGCCCAUUUCGUGUAUUGCACCGCCUAGGCAAUGCAUACACGAUCGAGUUACCACGUAAGAUGCGAACGCAUCCCACGUUUUACGUUGGUCGGCUUAAGCCGUACCAUCAGUACGCUGCUUCUUCCGAUGAAGAACGCCCUUGCGCUCAAGCAUCUCGCAGAGAGCCUUGUGCUCCCGAUGGUGGGCAUCAACAAGGGUCUGAAGAGCAGUUAUCUCAGCCCGAGACCGAUCAACAAUCCCACGAGCUACCCUUAGCUCGUCACGAAGAGAUGUCAGAGCUCUCUCGUUCUCGAGCUGAGCAAAGGCAAACUUAUCUCGAUGCUUCGAGGCAGUGUCCGCCAUUUGGAGACGCCUAUUCCGCUCAUGUUCGAGAUCGUCGCGUACCCCUUGCGUUACGCGAUCAAAGAAGCUCUCGGGAACACACCGAUCCACAUGAUCGUGUGGAGAGCGUCUUUCCUCCUGCUCCACCUCCAUUAGAGGACUCUCGCGGUGGCCAGCGCUAUCUAGUUGAGCAGUUGUUGAACCACCGCGACGUGAACGGACGUCGGACGAGUUAUAAGUCCGGUGGCGCGGCUAUCCCCCGUCCUGGGAUUCUUGGGAGCCCCGCUCCCAACUGA